GCAAGCCAGCGGCAUAUGGAAGAGCGUGAGAGGGUGGCGCACCUGAAUCGCGCAAAGGACAUCCAGAUCUUGCGCGAGCAGCCUUUUGACAUCCUCAACCAGGAGUCAAAGUUAGAGAAGCUGGCUCCAGGCAAAGACCCAGCGAGGCUUGGUGGCCACGGCACGAUAGGCACCAAGGAGCGCACGAAGGACGGCAGGGGUCACUUCCCCCAGACCGCGGUGGACUACAACAUCCUCUCCAACAUGCCCUUUCAGCAGCACCACUGGGCCAAGCACGAUGAGCGGCCUCGGCUGAAGGAGAAGUCCCCGAGGGUGAGGAAGGUGCCGGCAUUUCUUUGCAAGGACUUCGACAUCAUCAACAACCGCUACCUGGACAAUCACUCUGAGAAGCUCCGGCAGGAGAAGCACGUGAAUCUGCUUGAGGCUACGGACAAGCACAUGACUCGGAAUGCUUACGAUCCACUCGCGGGGAAGUUCAUCGACCCCUACAAAGAGGAGCGGCUGAAGAGCAUCGACGACACCAGGGAGGUGGAGAUCGCGAUGCGUGGGAACGCCAUGGUUCCUCCCUCCUACAAGGCCCAAAGCCUCUUGACAGGUGGAAACCUCCUCUACGAGUGCCGCCUCGACUCCGAGAGCACGGCUGCGGAGCUGCGGCAGCUGCUGAGAGAACGGCGAACGCCGCCCUCCCUGGAAGACCCGGAGUUCACGAGCUUUUUGGUGGGGCAGGAGGAGCUGACGGAUGCAACGAGCUUGGGGCAACUGACGGAGGGGCGACUGGGCACCUCUUUGGAGAUCACGGCCGUGCACGAUGGAGGUUCCCGGGUUCGACGGAAGCUCAAGGAGAGAGUGCGCCUUUUUGAUCAGUGGUCAUUGAACAGAGCACGGGCGGAGAGCGAUCGUGCCUCAUCUGCCUGGAGUGACACAGUCAUCGACGAGCUGGAUGAGCUGCGCUUGCGGGAUCUGGUGGCUCUGAUGAGGCGGAUGGAUGAUAGGACUACCAGAGUCCUCAGCCUUUCGGAUGGAGCCUUCUCUGUCCCAAAUGCGUUUGUCUUCGACUGGGAGCGCAACCUGGUGCUCGUGUACUGCCCCGGGCUGUCCUUGCCUGUAGCAUCUGAGGCGUGCGACACGCAGAGAACGCAGCAUGUUAAUCCUGUCUCGCAGACCUACGAUUCCGACAUGCUCCAUCUCUUCGACACCUUGCAAAAAGAGCGCACGGACCGGUACAAGUGGCCUGCCGAGUUUGGGGAUCGGAAUCGACACAUCAUCGAUCACAACUUCCACGCUCGGGACAUCAAGGGUGACCACAUCCGCGAGGUCCGCCAGCUGAACCGCGUGGCGCCAGAGAGAUAUGAGGAGCAGCGCCGACGCGGCUACGACAUCAUCGAUGGCAAGGGCUACGGCCCCAGCGCCAAAGAGAAGCAUCUGCACGAUGCGUAUCCAAAGAAGAGGCCGCUGCCCGAUUCUUCUUGA